AUGCCCGCACACCCAGACUCUAACCUUUACCCCGAAGCCAGCGGUCUAGCCAAGACACUGGUUGACCGACAUCAAGCCGAGCAGCCCCUGAAGCUGUAUGCGGGGUGGUUUUGUCCAUUUGGUAUGUUUCUAGUCGGACUUCCCAGCAAUAUCAAUACUGACCACUCAGUGCAACGAGUCUGGCUCGCACUCGAAGAGAAAAAGAUCCCAUAUCAAUACAUCGAAGUCAAUCCAUACAACAAACCAGAGUCACUGUUGACUCUCAACCCACGCGGUCUGGUCCCAACUCUUUCAACUCCAGAUCCCCCACGACCUCUUUACGAGUCUACCGUGAUCUUGGAAUAUCUGGAAGAGGCAUACCCAGAUCAUGGACCGCGGUUCCUUCCAGAAGAUCCUUAUGAGCGCGCCCGAGCCCGGAUCUGGAUUGACUAUGUAACUUCUCGAAUCAUUCCAUCCUUUCAUCGGUUCUUGCAGUACCAGUCUGCGGAUGCGAAGGAUGCAGAUGCGGGCUUGGAUCAGGCUCGACAGGAAUUUUUGAGUCACCUCAAAUCUUGGACCCAAGAGAUGCACCCUGAUGGACCUUUCUUCCUCGGAGAGAACAUUAGUCUGCCAGAUUUGGUGCUAGCUCCCUGGGCGGUCCGAUUGUGGGUAUUCGAUGAGUUCAAGGGUGGACUGGAGAUCCCUGAUGGGUCUGACAGUGCAGUUUGGGAAAGGUGGGGAAGGUGGCUAGCUGCCAUUGAAAAUAGAAAGAGUAUCAAAGAGACGACCAGUGACACCGAGCAUUAUCUUCCAAUCUACAAGAGAUAUGCGGAUAACACUGCUCAGAGUGAGUUGGCGAAGGCAACGCGGUCUGGUCGUGGGGUCCCUUGA